AUGGAGAACCAAACAGAGGUGAAUGAAUUCAUCUUAAUGGGAUUGACCAACCUCUUCAAACUUCAGAAUGUACUGUUUACAGUCUUCCUGCUCUUAUAUUUGGCCAUAUUAGUGGGGAACGGUGCUAUAAUUGCUGUUGUUUUAACUGAACCACUCCUUCAAACUCCCAUGUACUUUUUCCUUGGAAAUCUUUCCUGCCUUGACAUCUUCUACUCCACCGUCACCGUUCCCAAAAUGCUGGCUGGAUUUUUUUCAGAACUGCACAUAAUUUCCUUUAAGGGCUGCAUGAUCCAGCUGCAUUUUUUCCACUUCUUGGGGAGCAGUGAAGUCAUUCUCCUUGGAGUCAUGGCCUAUGAUCGCUAUGUUGCAAUAUGUAAACCUUUGCAUUACACUGUCAUCAUGAGAAGAGAGGUUUAUCUCCUGAUGGCAGCAGCUGCCUGGUCCACUGGGUUUCUCCAUGCCUUGAUGCAUGCAGUGCUGACUGCUCGCCUUCCCUUCUGUGGACCAAAUCAUGUUGAGCACUUUUUCUGUGACAUCAAGCCUUUGUUAAAACUGGCCUGUGGCAGCACAUACCUCAACCUCAUGCUUCUCAAUACUGUGACUAGUUCUGUUGCUAUGGGCCCUUUUAUCAUCACGGUAAUUUCCUAUCUCUACAUUAUUACUUUCCUUCUCUUCAAAGUACAGUCCCAAUGUGGUCGGCAAAAAGCUUUCUCCACUUGUGGAUCCCACCUGACCGUGGUGGCUUUACUCUAUGUUCCUGUGUUGGUUAAUUACAUGCUUCCCACUGUGAGAACCUCAUCACAACGGGAGAUUAUAUUAACCCUCAUAUACAGUGCAGUUACCCCAGUUUUAAACCCACUUAUCUAUACUUUAAGAAAUCAGGAGGUUAAGACGGCAAUGAAAAGAAUUGUUAAGAAAAAGAUUUUCACUUUCUAG